CUCUCAGUCUCUCGCAAUAAGCGCGUGGAAACAGCAGCUGUGCCGUCAGAUGCACCAGCACCGAAGAGCAGCGACGUGCAACAUUUCGCCAUUCAGCUCCGUUCACGUUUAUUUUACGGGAUUAUACUGAAUCACACAAAGGCUCGGAAUAAGCUUUAUGCAAGACGGUUUUGCUGAAUGCUGUGAUGAGCUCCUGAAAGCUCCGUUCUCCCUGGCCAGCUGUCUUGGAAGAGCGAGGGCUCCAGUGACAGCAGUGGCACCUGGAAGACUAACACAGACGAUCAGCCAUGGCUAGUGCAGCAGACGGCAUUGGCAGUUUGGGAACCGAACAGAGCCACAUUAAUGUGCAAGUGGCCGAUCCCGGCGCCUGGGCCACCGCCAUGAAUAACCUCGGCAUUGUGCCGAUGAGCCUAACUGGCCAGCAGCUGGUAUCAGACUCCAUCUGCAUACAAGGUUUUGACCCCAACUUAGGGAUCAUCACCCCAAUUAACCCCAUGAUGGCUGGGAUCAGUCUGGUACCUCCUCAUCCUGUGCCAACAGAACUUCCUGUCAUGAAGGAAAUCAUCCACUGCAAGAGCUGCACGCUGUUCCCACAGAAUCCCAAUCUUCCUCCCCCCUCCACCAGAGAAAGACCUCCAGGCUGCAAGACCGUCUUUGUUGGUGGGCUUCCAGAAAAUGCGACUGAGGAGAUCAUUAAAGAAGUGUUUGACCAGUGCGGUGAGAUUAUUGCCAUCCGCAAAAGCAAGAAAAACUUCUGCCACAUUCGCUUUUGUGAGGAGUUCAUGGUGGAUAAGGCCCUCUAUCUAUCUGGCUACCGGAUGCGCAUUGGCUCCAGCACCGACAAAAAGGAUUCGGGCCGCAUACAUGUAGAUUUCGCUCAGGCGAGAGAUGAUUUGUACGAGUGGGAGUGCAAGCAAAGAUUACUGGCACGUGAAGAACGGCAUCGGCGGAAAAUCCACGAGGAGCGGCUGAGACCUCCUUCACCUCCUCCCAUAAUGCACUACUCGGAGCACGAGGCAGCUCUUUUGGCUGAGAAAUUGAAAGAUGACAACAAGUUCAGCGAGGCAACAGCAGUGCUCUUCUCGUGGAUAGACAGAGGAGAGGUGAACCGGCGCACAUCGAAUCAUUUCUACUCGAUGAUACAGUCUGCCAACAGCCACGUGCGACGCCUAAUGAGCGAGAAAGCCCAACAUGAAGAGGAAAUGGAGCUGGCAAAGGAACAUUUUAAGAAUUCCCUGCUUGCCAUCCUCACACAAUUUGAGCAGAUUACGGCUGUGUUCACCGCUUCCACCAGACAAAAGGCAUGGGACCAUUUCACAAAAGCACAGCGCAAGAACAUAGACAUUUGGCGAAAGCAAUGCGAGGAGCUGAGAAAUGCUCACAGUGAGGAGAUCAUGGGAAUACGAAGGGAAGAGGAAAUGGAGAUGUCAGAUGAUGACUUGGAGGAAAACCCCUGCAAGAAGAUCAGGAUGGAGGACACAGUGCUGUCUGUGCAGUCUUGUGGUCUGAGGGAGGAAAAUGACAGUCUGCGCUGGCAACUGGAUGCAUACAGGAAUGAGGUGGAGCUGCUGAAGAAGGAGCAGGGAAAGAGCUACCGCACAGAGGAGGACCACACCCAAGAACAACAGUUGCAUUUCCUGCAGCAGACCAUGCAGAACAUGCAGCAGCAACUGCUUCGGCUCCAGGAAGAGCUGAAAGGGAAGGAGCUGGCGCUGGAGCAGGCCAGAGAUGAGCAGCGCUACCUGGAGGGAGAAGUCCUCAGCCUCAGGGAAAAGCUUUUGACCACCGUGGAAUCGGUAGAUUUGACAAACCACAGCUCUGAAGGCCAUGAAAAGGGAGUAAACGGGACUGCGGCACUCUAUCACCAUCGAGAGAAGAAUAAUGAGGCGGCCAUUUGGGGUCCCUUGAGAUCAGAGAAAGAGGCUCUUCUGCUGGGAAUCAUAUCAACCUUUCUUCACGUCCACCCGUUUGGAGCCAACAUCGAAUAUCUGUGGUCCUACAUCCAGAGACUUGAUACAAAGAUCUCGGCCAGUGAACUUGAGAGGCUAAUGGUUCGUCUGCCCAACAUGUUCAAGCAGGAGUUCAGCGGCGUUGGAGCGACGUUGGAGAAACGCUGGAAAUUCUGUGGGUUUGAGGCUCUCAAGUCUGCGUGACUCACAGAGCCAGAUCCAUCGAAACUGAGGCUGCUAGACCUCUCACAGAUCCAGAGUCAGUGAUAUGGGUCAGAGCCUCGCAGAUGCAAAGAACGGAGUCUGCACCCUGUAACUGUUCUCGGAUCAGACGGCACAGAAGGGAGUGAGACUCUACAUGCAGAGCAGCAUCAGAUGUAUUUACUUGAAAAAGCUCUUUCCAGACUUCUGUGCCGAUUGCAUAACUUAUCCAUCAGCAGCGGCGUCCCAAAAGACUGGAACGAUAUCCAGGAAUACGGCGCUACGGUUAAAAAUAUUGAAUGUUGAAUAUGGCACACAGAUGUGUGAUAGCGGCACUCGGUGUCAGACUGUUCGUGAUUGAAUACAUGGCCAAAGUGCUGGAUAGACAACAGCUGGUGCUCUUAGGACAUUCUGCUGUUCCAGGCGUCCGUGUUGUAUAUGUUUGUGUCUUCAUGCACUGUUAUUAUCGAUCUGCUCAUGUAAAUUAUGAUUUUCUAAAAAUCAAUAAAAAUACUUUUUCCAAAA